CUCUCGGCCGGCGCUCCUGCUGGGUCGCAUGCCGUGUGCCUGUGCAGUCCGACGGCGAGGGGCCCUUCUGCUGCUCGGAAGGGCGUGGGCGGAAUCGAAAGAUCCGAUGCGCUUCUGGCCUCAUCUCCAGACGGCUGACCGACGAGCAGCGCUGACCUUCGGACGGCGAGGUAUGCGACACACUGAGCUGGGAUGACGGUAACACAAGAAAGACAAAAACGUGAGAUAAAGAUAGAACAAAAUCAGUUUCACUUCUCAUGAGUGCCGUACCGUCAAAGGUUGUGGAAUGUAACCUUAUACGAAUUUGAAGUUCCACACGAUGGGAAUUCUUAUUAGCAAAAACGCGCGAUUUUCUUCCAGUAAUCACCAUGAUUUCGAACGUAACCUGGGGCCCUUUUGCGGAAUAUGCACCCAAGGGAAACACACAAGAAGCAAGAAAGACAAAAACAAACCAUUGAAAAGACGAGAGAAUAGCAACAAUCAAAAGAGACAGACCAAGAACAAAAAUGAAGAUGAGAGAAAAUGUGCUCGAGAUUUGAAGAAGAUCCGAGAGAUGAGGGAUGGAUGCUAAGACGUCUCUCUGUGAUAUAAAAGCAUGGAUGAUAUAUACAAGGGGCGUGCGAUAAAGGGAGAAAGCGAAACACUGCAAGGGGAAAGAAGGUUUGGCGAGGGAGGAGAGCCGUGCACGCAAGGAGGAAUAAGGAAGGAUGCCUGUGAGGAGGAGUCGUGCGCGCCGAGGAUAAGAGCGGGAUAAAGGCCCCGGCCCGAGAGAUCCUCCGCUGACCACCUAGCACGCACGAGGAAGCGAAGAGGAAGGAGAGGAAGGAGGGGGAGAGGAGUCAUUAAGCCCAGAGACACGUCCCCGGGAGGCAAUGGCACCGAAUCAUUUACUUUCCAGAUUUGCUCUCGAGACGCCGCCGUUUGUUCAGGGCAGCGGCGGCCUCUUCAUCCUGACGAGUGGCGUCUAGGACAUGACUCCUGCCGCUGCGGUUCCGCUUGAACAUCCUCCGAGGUGUCUGCCUUCCUUCCGGUCCUCGCGUCGCUGCCUCGGUCCCCUCGCCACCGAGGACCUCCUCCCUCAGGCACCUCCUCCCGCAGAAGACCCUCCUCUUCAAGCCAAACUUUUGAGAUCUUGUCAGUCUUUCGAAAUGUUUAUAGAUUCAGAAUAAUACGUUCGUGAGAUCGCAUUUCAUUACGGCUUAUCAUUCGUAGACACAUAUUUCCAUCAUAAAAUCGAUGUUCAUCACAGCACUCGUGUUUAGUCCCAAAUGGAAUAAUACUCAUUCGUUUAUCUAAGGGUGGCGAUAAGUAUAUACCACAUCGACUUCGAAUGACCAAUUAGGAUGCUAAUGUGAAUCGAAGCUAGUGUGGAGAACAACAUACAAGUUACGCCUUAGAGGAAACGCUCUGACUUUGGAUCAUUAAAACAAGGCAAUGUGUUACCUUGGAAAUACAUACACUGGGUUUUCAAAACUCGGAUUCGACGAAGCUUGAUUUCAGGAAACAGAACAGGAUUCAAAGGAACGGAUUAAAACAACGGAUCCGGCCGCUACUCCUCAGUCUGUGCACGGCCACCAUCAGCGCGGGACACCGACCCUCUCUCCAGCCCCACAUGUCAUGGACAAUUUUAAGUGUCCUUCUCUACUCUCUCUCGUUCUCCCUUUCAACCACGCUCCGUUUCUACCCGAUCGUACCUCUUCAUUUACGACGCGACCGUCUAUGAAUAACUCCGAAGCCCGUCUUUCCCUCUCUCUCGCUGCCCACUCUUCCUCCGGGCCUCACUUCACCCCCCUUCAAACGCCUCCGAUCUCUCCUGACAAUCCCCCCCCCACCCCCUGACUCCCCCUUGCGACUUCACUGUCUCCGGCCCCUGAAGUUCCUCCCUCCGCCUCUGACUUCCCUCUCGACGCUGCAUAUCUCGCGGUCUCCCUUGAUCGCCGUCUUCCUCCGCCACUUCCUCCCCUGGCCACAUCCUUACGUGAUGGGACAUUAGGAUGCAGAGCGUCGAAGGUGUGAGGCAGGGUUAGGGUGUGAGGGUGAGAAUAGUAUGAGGGGGAAGGGGAAGGAGAGGUGAUAAGGGGUCAGUGAGUCGACGAGGAUGUGAUGAGGGGAAGGGAGUGUACGGUAAAUGAGCCAAGGGACGUGUGAGUCAAGGGAUGAGUCAACGAGGGUGCGAUGUGAGGGGCAAGGGAGUGUGAGGCAAAUGAGACAAGGCACGAGCGCGUCCACGAGCAUGCGAGGAGAGGCGGAGGUGUCGACCGAGCCGGGCAGAGGGAACACACCAGUAACACACUGUCCAUCUGCCACUGAGCUCAAGGCCACCCCGGGUCUCCGUGCUCCUUCAGACAGGUUUUGAUUGGCUGGGAAACACGGGGUUGAUUCAUCACCUGCUCAGCUCCGAAUAUCCGGAUCGGGGGAGGGGCGCCGUCAACACCAUCGCGUUCAGAACCAAGCCCUUCCUUUCCUUUUACUCACCGUACUCAUCCGCUUACUCACUAGAAUAACAAAGAGCUAAGGACUCUGACCAUCAGCCGUAACCUGCAGUUCAAUGCGCAUUCGCAGGAUGAAAGUGUCGACCUGCAGUAAACCUGAAGUGUGUUUUAGAUAAGAAUGCCGAGGCUUGGACUAAAGUAAAUAGUCUUGUCUUUUGGCGUCUCUCUGGAACCAAAGCACAACUAAUGAUACACUUCCGUCAGCAAAGCACUGAUAGCAGUAGGCGGCGCCCUGCUGACAGUGUGCAGGCUGACACAGCGACUCCUUAUCUCGGUCGCCUCGAGCCGUGCCAGUGCGCAGAGUGCAGCAUGGCGCCAGUGCCAGUGCCAGGGGCGCCGCCUCCAUCGCCAGCACCGGGAGAUCCUGCGUAUCAAGUCCGGAAUUUGCCAGCUGACGAUAAGAUACCAGGAAUCGCGCACGACCUCCUCCUCCAGCAAGUAUCAGUGGCAGGGAACCUUCAGCGUCGCCAGUGCCAAAGCCGUAGCGAGGCAGGACUUCCCGAGCGGGCGGCGCUGGGCACGGCAUUCCCAUCACCGCUCAUACGGGCUCGGAUCGUGGGCAUCCCCGGGGGCUCCGGGUGUGGCAGCGACCGCCACUACAUCAGCGGUGAACUCAUUUUUUGCACGAAUCCUGAAGCCGUGUAGUAACCCGGCCGGCGUCGUGCCUGGGGCUCGGGUCGCCCUCACACCGUCGCACUCGGCUCGCUCGACGCCGCUUGCCUGCGCUCUGCCUGCGACUCUACCUGGGCGCCGUGGCAGCCUGGACAUCGUACCGACUGCACAUGAAACCUACCAGGUGAACUAUUCUCGACGGUACGCGCAUGCGCUCCAAACGAGAUGGCGUAACAUUUUGCGCACCUGGCUCACCGUCACCUUGGUCGAGAUACAAUAAAGUACAUGCUAGACUACUUUCUACCAUUAGUAACAGCAGCUAGACUGCCAUCCCACGAUAUUAGUACACCAUGUGUGUAAUGUCAACACUGUUCUCAUAGUGUUCAUACUAGCAAAACAUAGCAUAAGAAUAAGUAAUAUAAUUAAAAAAACAGUGGCAAUGGUUAAUGGCAUGACAACAAAACUAUUCAAAUUCAAAAUACACCCAAUUUCGAUAGUAAUAAAAGAUGAAUGAUAAUCUUUAUUCGCUAAUAUGUACAAUAAUAAUACCGAUGUUUGCUAUCAAAAACAUAAAACCAUAAAAUAAAAUAAUCAUAAACUACCUUCAC